CAGCACAAAUUAUCUGUCCCCAUAUGAUAAAAUCCACCAUCCCCCCCUGAUUUUAUUUUACAACUCGAGUACUGGUUGUGGAUGGGGGAGGAGGAAGUAAUCCUGUCUCUCUGAUGAAGGAAAUGAAAACAAUUCCACAGAAUGCGCGUUUAUCUUGGAAUAGAUCUUCCUUGGAAAUUCACCCGGAGUCACGUGACUGCCUCUGAAGGUGUUUUAAGAGCCCGGCAAAGAAGCAGACAGACAACAUUAAUCCAGCAGAGACCAAGGGAGUGAAGGGAUACCACAGCCUCAAAAAAGUAGCCUGAAUUCAUCAUGUGUCCUGAAGACUCACUGGAGUGCAUCGUGUGCUGUCACGAGUUCUCACGCUGCGACCGGGUCCCGCGGAUCCUCCACUGCGACCACACUUUCUGCGCUGUUUGCAUCCAGAAAAUGUGCAACCUGGAGGGAAUCGUCAACACCGUGUCGUGCCCUCUGUGCCGCUGGAUCACAUGCAUCAGAUCCACCGGGACCGUGGCAGGGGUUCUGCCGGUCAACACGGAGAUCUGGGACCAGAUCCCGGCGAAGAGCAACGAGAGGAAGGAGGACUCCGGGGAAGCUUGGACAGACGCAAAGCCUGCGUUGGUCCAGUCAACACUCUCUCCAUGGAAGAAGUCUGGUUUCGUGUCCACGCUGCAGAAACUCAGCUGCGUGGCUGUGCGCGAGUAAAGCCUGGAUUAUGGUUCCGCGUUAAAUCGACGGCGUAGGCUCUGCUUUGGCGUAAAGCCGAAACCAAAAAUCUGCCUUUAAACUGGUGACAGUCGGAGGAGCAGGUUUACGAACCAGCACAAGACUAAAUCUGGAGGAACGAGCGCCUGGACUUCUGCUCUGUGGAGACUUUUUUGAAGUUGUGAACUUGACUGAAGCUGCUGGAGGCGCAGGUCUUACUUAAACUGUGAAUGUACUUUUUAUAAACAGAGCUGCAAAAUAUUUUUGUAUCUUUGUUAAACUAAAUGAAAGAUUGAGAUUAUGAAUCACUGUGUGUUUCAACACAGGUGAUUACAUUUACAUAUUAUAUAUUAUAUAAUAUAUUUUUUUCUACUCUGUAUCAUAAACAUAAUGGACUCUGAUCUAAAUGUGUUAAAACAGUUAACUUUGUAGAGGAGGCUAUGGUUUAUUGUAAGGACUGUGAAGUUUUUUGUUAAAGAUUUGUAUUUAACAAACAACUCUGAAUCUAAUGUUUGGGAUAUGAGGAAUAAUAUUCCAGUAUUUGCUACAUGUAAA